AUGAACUCUACCUAUAAAGAUGCCAAGGGUAAAUGGAAGAACAAAGAGAGGGUCCUAAUUUUUUCUUCCAGGGGAAUAAAUUUUAGGACAAGGCAUCUAAUGAAGGAUUUGCGUACAUUAAUGCCUCAUUCUAAAGCAGAUACAAAAAUGGACAGGAAAGACAAGCUAUUUAUCAUUAAUGAGGUCUGUGAAAUGAAGAAUUGCAAUAAGUGCAUAUUUUUUGAAGCCAAAAAGAAACAAGAUCUUUACAUUUGGCUUUCAAAUGUUCCCCAUGGACCAUCAGCCAAGUUUUUAGUCCAGAACAUUCACACAUUGGCUGAGUUGAAGAUGACUGGAAACUGUUUGAGGGGCUCUCGACCUGUUCUUUCUUUUGAUCCAGUUUUUGACCAGAAACCGCAUUAUGCUUUGCUGAAAGAGCUAUUUAUUCAGGUUUGUAUAUAUUUAUUAUUCCUAAGGGGCAAUCUUCCAUCUGUAAUGAUGUGUUUUCAUUUGGAAUCCUUUGAUCGGGAAUUUAUAUACAUGUUUAAGGAACAAAGUUUUGUUAGACUUAUA